AUGCCUGGAUACGAGUUAUCUUCGGCGGACCGAUCAGUAAUCGACAAAAAGAAUUUGUGUCCUAAAUGUGAGGGUCUUCUUAGAGAAGCUGUGCAAACAAUAGCUUGUGGUCAUAGAUAUUGCAAAACAUGUGUGGAAACUAUUCUUUGGUAAGUACUUCGUGUCACCUCGUCAUUCUCCUAGCCAGCUGAAAUAUGCUACCUCUAAAGUUAGUGGUUAACUGUAGAUAAAUGACUGAUAUAAUGAGAAUAACUAUACAAAUCAUGCUGUCGAUAGCUUCGUGGCUAAUGUGGUGCAGAUAAAUGGGAACUGUAUAUCAAGCCCCAGGUUGUUCAAAAGGUGGAUAAUUAAUAAUUAGUCGCCGAAGGCGACUUGAAUAUCGGCGAAUAGUCACCGAGACGAAGUCGAGGUGACUAUUCGCCGAUAUUCAUGUCGCCUUCGGCGACUAAUUGUUUUAGUAUAAUUACUUUGAUGAUUAUUCGAGAAAAUAAAAUUAUUGAUCAAUUUCCGACUCCGAAACAUCAACAAAUCUGGCUGCUAUUUUGAAAACUGCUAGCCUUCAAUGUUAUAAUCACUGCGCAGUGAUUAUAGCGGGAUGAAGCGAAGCUCCUAGCCAAUCAUAGCGCUCUAUUUUCGAUAAUCAUCAAUGUAAUUAUACUAAUGCUGGAUAAAUCACUCUCCAGUGAAGAAAGCAGUUAGUUAUAAGUUUCCUUGAUACGUAUCCAGUGGACAGUGAUCUAUCCGGUGGAUAGCGCUAUCCAACUGAUCAACUGGGGGCGGGUGAAAACAGAUUAACUACAUACAGUUAACUGGCAAACAAAAAUCAGAUAAAUGCCCGAUAAUUAGGUUUUCUUCGUAUUACUGGUUGAUACACACUGACCUCUUUCCAUAAUAAAUUUACAGGCAAGAAGUUGGAAAGUGCAUCAUCGAUGGAUCAGAUAUUCAUAGAGAACAGGUUUGCCUUCUUUUCGAUAAUCAGAUUUGUCGUUAGUGAAAUCUUCUGAAUACAUACUAGGCCGGUCUGAAACAUGACACAGCUCCGUUUUAGUCUGAUUACCUAUAACCGCGCGCCACCCAGUUAUGAUGCUGCAUCCUCAUUCACCCUGCCCCACCUCAUUUUGAUCCUUUAACUUUUCUUUAGCUUAGUUGGAAGAGCGCUUGAAUUCUGAGCGGCAGGUCUGGGGCUCAAACCCCAGCAGGACCGAAAACCACCGGCUUUAAAUCAGUAAUUAGGUGAUCACGUCAUUGGACGGCGUUCUUCCUUCAACUUAAUACGAAGGGGGCGCAAAACCACACUCUCGUACGAAAAGUGUAGGAGAAAUCUGUCCGUUGGUGUGGUCCACCUCUACCUCUUCCAUCACAUCACUAGCCACAUUUAUCAUACAGAAAGCUUAUAAAUGGACCGAUAAGGGACGUCGGUGGUGCCAUUCUACGGUGAACCACGUGACCAAGAUUUUGUCAUUUACUGUUCACCGUAUCUACCCAUAAAAAGUAGUUUCAUGUCACUUUGAAAUUCAUCCACAAAAAGUAUUUUGGACAAUUUUUAUCUUCUCAUUUUCUAAUUUGAGAAAUUCUGAGGUUUGAGGUUUGUCGUAAACGUGAUUCUAAUCCCUGUAGCUGUAAUAAAUCACCAAUGCGGACACAUUAUGUUGUCUUAUCCGCCACCUUCGACGUUAUUUGUCAUCCUUUUCGUUUACUCUGCAUGGGUCAAUUAGUAAGUAUUAUUUUCCUGCAGCAAUACUUUGUUUCGUAUCACUCUGCAGGUAUUUUUGGACCGCUUUGUCGAGCGUGAGAUUCAGUCACUGUUGGUCCAUUGCAUUCAUCAAGAAGAAGGAUGUGAUUGGAAAGACGAGCUUAGAAAACGNGACCGAUAAGGGACGUCGGUGGUGCCAUUCUACGGUGAACCACGUGACCAAGAUUUUGUCAUUUACUGUUCACCGUAUCUACCCAUAAAAAGUAGUUUCAUGUCACUUUGAAAUUCAUCCACAAAAAGUAUUUUGGACAAUUUUUAUCUUCUCAUUUUCUAAUUUGAGAAAUUCUGAGGUUUGAGGUUUGUCGUAAACGUGAUUCUAAUCCCUGUAGCUGUAAUAAAUCACCAAUGCGGACACAUUAUGUUGUCUUAUCCGCCACCUUCGACGUUAUUUGUCAUCCUUUUCGUUUACUCUGCAUGGGUCAAUUAGUAAGUAUUAUUUUCCUGCAGCAAUACUUUGUUUCGUAUCACUCUGCAGGUAUUUUUGGACCGCUUUGUCGAGCGUGAGAUUCAGUCACUGUUGGUCCAUUGCAUUCAUCAAGAAGAAGGAUGUGAUUGGAAAGACGAGCUUAGAAAACGAGAGGUAACAACUAAGCUUCUAUAUGAUGUUCAAAUGAGUCAUAAUGUAUACCCACUUCCAGCCCUACUGACAAGGGUAGUCCCAGUCGGGUUAAUCUGUAGCCGUGAAACACCGAAAAGUGGUCACUCGUGACGCAAAAAAUAUAUUAAAACAUUUUUACCGUACACCUUGUCAUGAAAGUGCAAAGGGCGCUUUAUUAGAUUGUUUGUCUUGUUUUGGGUUUAUUGAUUCUAUUAUGGUGCUAAACAGACCACCCAUCUCAACCAUAGGCUUUACUGUUCAGAUAGACCCUCUGUGAUGCCCAUGCUUGUAUCAGCUGGAUCAUCUACGAAAUACGUAGAGAUGUAGGCAUAAUAGACGAGAUAAAGUGGUUUUCAAUUAGGUCAAAGUAGUAUAGGGCGCAAGAUUUACCUACGUGUUUUAUCCGCGCGUAAACUUAAGAACGUUAUUGGAGUAAAGCAAUCUUCAAUUUACUCAAAGAAGUAUAGGGCGAAUUAUUUAAUCCUUGUUUUGGACCAGAAAUCUUAUCAACGUGUGUCAGAAUAUUAUCGGAAUAAAGCGAUUUUCAAUUUGGCUUAAGUGCAUUUAGUAUAGUCCUUUUUCAACACGCCAAUGAAGUCUCAGCCAAUUCAAAACAAAAUUACGUACUUUAAUCGCGCGCGUCUUUCUUUUCUCGGUAUUGGCAACUAAACAACAUUUUCUCUGAGUUCUAGCUUAUAUAUUUUUUUGUUUUUACAAUGAUCCUAGCUGGAAAGUUGCUGAUUCUACAAUACAAUUUCUCGCGUAUUGUUUUAAAUUAUCGUUAUCAUUAUCUCGUCCAUUAUUGUCAUAAUUGUCAAUUACGUGUUCUCCUGUGUUAGGAUCACGAGGCUGUGUGUGAGUACGUUCAAGUUCCAUGCGUGCAUUCAGGAUGCGGUGAACUGGUGGCUAGAUCAAACCUGGUGGAGCAUCUUGAGAAAUCGUGUCAAUUCAGAAUGGAAAAAUGUGACCACUGCCAAACUCUUAUUGAGUUUGCAUUUUUGGAGGUAAGAAUAACUUUACUGAAAUUGUCUGUUUACCUUUAAGUUAAUUGUCCUCAUUUGGAACAGGAUCCUGAAGUAAUUUUUAUUUAACGUACUUUUACACCUUCCUUUCCAACAAUAAAUUUCUGACGCUCAUUGACUCUUUAAAAAUUUCUUCAUGCCUGUAACCUCCUACGGUCUCAAAUCGUCACAAAUCGGUGCUAGUAAAAGGUCUCAUUAACAUGAGAUCUUUUAACCUAAAUUAAUGGAGGUCUCCAUUUAAAACCAUAGUAGCCUAUAGAGUAUGUUCAGAGCGAUCUCUAGCUUAAUGACCAAUACAUAAUUCAUUGUGCACAGGAACACCAAGAAUCUCAGUGUCUCUUUGUCCCUGUGACUUGCACAGAAUGUGGGAGAAAGGACAUACCUCGUUCUCAGGUGAGUUAUGCUCUGAGAGGUUUUCUUCUUCCUGGUGUUCUGUUUUUACACACUCCUCGAAAUAAUGAUUCCAGAUUCAAAUUUGAUCUGCAACGCACGCGUAAAUGUGUAAACGGGUUUUUAACAGCUAGUUCCUAGACAGUAACACUGGAAUAAUACGUUUGAGACUUGAUGGUGGCUUCUAUCUUUCUUACUCAGAUGCGUGCCCAUAUUGAUCUGGUAAAUGGAGACUGUGAAGAAAUGCAAUCAAGUUGUCCAUGGACGCAAAUUGGAUGCCCUGAGGAUAAGGUAUGCAAAUACUUGAUAUUACUUCAGUUUAUAGGAGGGGAUCGCGCAUUAAAUGGACCAACGUAGAAAAAAAAAAUGACACCUAAGGAGUUGCCACUACUUUGCCUCACCAGAGGGAUAUCGGACUUACUUGUUUGUGGGUGAGUGUGGUGUGGGGGGGAGGGGAGGGGUAUACGUCAGUGGGACAUCUGAUAUGCUUUUUUUGUCUACUACGGUAAACUCCUACUGAAAGGUCCUUACAUUGUGCAGGUAAGAGAAGAAAAAAAGUCUCCGGAAUGCCCAAUACUGAGUCGUGAUCAAAGUUACCUAUAAACCAAUUUUGAAUCCACUUGACGUUUGAGUGCAUGCUCCAAGUCAGCAAUCACUCGGACAUUUCUAGAAGGGCUGCGUGUUUAGUAAAGUUUCUAAGCAUUAAUACACUACGUCGUUUUCGUUUCGUUUAGACUAUGAAGCUUCAGGAACGAAAAAUGCAUGAAGAGGAAAAUGCUUCCGGUCACCUGAUGCUCCUAUUUCAGACCGUAAUGCAGCUCUUCUCGAUGAUUGGAAAGACCAUGCGCGAAUCUGGACAUGUGUCAAUGAAUGGCGCAAAUCUACCAAAACAGAAAGAUUUGGAACGCUAUGCUAAACAAGUUGAGAAUACACUGAAAGAAAAUGAAGAACUAAAAUCAAAACUGGCACAACAAGAAGAAAGAAUACGGCAACUGGAAAGUUCUAGACAGAAUAGCUCAAACUCAGCAACAGCAUUUGAUUCAACGCUCGCCAAAGAGCUUUUACAAAGAAUAACUACAGAAGAAGGAAAGACGGCCAAUCUCGAACUUUUGCUCGUUGAAGGAAAUAGAUUAAAUGGAGAACUAAAGAGAAAAGUGUCUACCGUAGCCAGGCAACAGGAGUCUUCGAGUGGAACAACCGAUCGACUACAGAGACAGUUCGAGUCCAUGAGUCACUCACUAGCACUUCGUAAUGUUAUGCUGACAGAUUUGGACGAAUAUGUGAGGCAGCAGGAAGUCUCCAGUCACGAUGGAAUCUUGCUUUGGAAAAUCACCGAGUUCGCUAAAAAACGCUAAGACGCCGUCUCCGGGCAUCAGACGUCAUUUUACAGCCCGUGCUUCUUUACCAGUUGCUAUGGAUACAAGAUGUGCGCGCGCAUCUACUUGAAUGGUGAUGGUAUUGGAAGAGGGACACACAUCUCGGUAUUCUUUGUUGUCAUGCGUGGUGAGUACGAUGCGUUACUCCGCUGGCCAUUCAGACAGAAGGUUACUUUCAUGCUGCUGGAUCAGAAUAACGUAGAACACGUGAUCGACUCCUUCAGACCUGACCCAAACAGCUCAUCCUUCCAGAGACCAAGAAGAGAAACAAACAUCGCUAGUGGGUGCCCUACAUUCUGUCCUUUGUCGGAAUUAAACGAUCAUGCCUACGUCCGAGACGAUACUUUGUUUCUGAAGGUUAUAGUCGAUACGACGGAUUUAUAA